AAAUUAUCAAACAAAUCUGUAUUAAUUAUUUAUAAUUCAUAAUUUAUUUCAAAGUAGCAUUCUGAGAUAAAUCAACUAAUUAAUCAUAAAUAAUCAGCUAUUUUCCCUACAACAAAUGUUCAAACCUCUGACCUUAAGUUUUAGAGACCAAAACACAACUGCUGUGCCAAUAUUAUUAUUAUUAAAUUAUUAUUAUUACAUUAAUAUUAUUAUAAACAGCAUCAUCACUACCACUACCAUCAGUACUACUCCGGUACAAAUAUAGAUUUCACAAAUAAAAUGUUUUGUUUGUUUACUAUAAGUAUUCCCAUUUCGAAAGUUCGUUGGAAAGACUUCAUGAGCAUGGAAUCUUGGAAGAGAGGCUACUCAGACACAUGUGGCAUAAAUUUUUCGAUCAGUUUGAAUUCUUGUCAGAGCUAAUGCAGAAGUUUGACUUGCUGUGUUUGAAAACUGAAUCUGAUGAGAUGCCAGCUGAUGUUGUCCAAUCAACCGAGGAAGGCAUUCGUCUCUUUUAUGUACCAUCCCUGCUAAAGAAGCAAGAUGAUGAAACGGUGUGCAAAGAUCAGACGGUGGCAUCUCAGUCAAAGGUCAUCCUGUACAUUGACUUCAAUGGGUUCCUACCUGAAGGCAUAUUCUACCGACUUGUUGUGAGGCUUCUGCAAUGGUCACAGAAUAGGAAAGGCUAUGAGCCAAGGCUCUUUUACCAACGGGCGAAACUUUUUGUAGAUGAAAGUCAUGAAAUGAUUGUGAGGAUUCUGCCCGAAAAAAGAUCUUGCAUUGAGGUAACAAUUAAGCUUGCUACAGUUGAAAGUUGUAGUGAUGAAGAAGAUGAAGAGGAUGAUGUUGAACUUGACCCAGCCACUUGCAAGAUGCUGUGGAAUCUCUUGGAUGAGCACCUACAGUACCUUGGCCGCAACUGGAUGAAACGCAUUAGUUAUGGCUUCUACAUUCCUUGUAAAUUUUGCAAGAACACAGACUGCCUCAAACUGGAGAGAUGUAUUGCAGCCAAAAAAUGUGUUCUGUGUAAUGAGACACAUAAGGGGAUGAGGAUUAAACGAAUUAAAUACUUGUUUGGUGAAUGCAGAACCAAGACAGAACCGUUACUUCUCAGCAACGCAGGGCAGGAGAGCCCAAAGGGAAAAAAGAGGAAAAAUGAGAAAGAAAGAAGGCAACACAAAAAACAAAAAGUUUCAGGUAUCACCAUAAAUGAUUUCAAGAGUAUGCUGCUUGUUGUGUCAGAUUAUUGGAAGAAACAUGGAAAUAUCAGCAUGUUAAAGGUUUUGCUUAGACAGUUUAAGUGUAAAGUGGGUGUGGGGGAAAUAGAAAAGAAGGAUGAUGUAAUAAGUUUGUUUGAAUUAUUGAUUGGCUCAGGUGAUUGCAGCUGUGAAGAAUUUUCUGUCAUUUUUGAGGCAGUUAAGAUUUGUGGUCUUGAUGGUGUAUACCGUAAGAUAAAACAAAUUGAAUCCUUUGACAGUUUUCCUUUCAAAGAUUCAAUCAGUACGUUUUCCGUUUAUCGCCGAAAACUGAUCAAAUUUGGCAAGAAUUUGAAGGAGGAAUCCAUUCAAAAAAUUGUGUUUUUUCAUCAAGAUCUGAAUGUACACGAUGUGGAUAAGUGGCAUCUAAUAUUGGCACUGGAAGACAAAGGAAUUAUCAAAGAUGAUGAAAGGUCAAUGAAUGAUUUUGUCAAAUCAUUGAGAAAAAUCGGAUUGAAUAAUGAUGCAGAUAUAUUAGAAAAGCCAUUGUAACUAAUGGUUGAAUUUCCCUAUUCGAAAGUCCCAUUUCAUACCGGCAACAAUGAGAUAUCAUUUAUAUGACAACAGUAUUUUUGGAUUUAAAAAGAUGUAAAUAGGCCUAAUAGCCUAGUCAUUUUACUGAACUUCUUUGAUUUCUCAUAGAUUUGAUAAUACUCCUUGCAUUAGACCUACAUAAUUUGUAGGCUGUCAUAACCAAGUAUCUAUAUCAGGUAUC